GGCAGGGCGGGCCGGUGCUCCGCGCCUCGGGCGGCGGCCGGCGGCGUCGCGCUGUGGAGAGCCCGCCCGGCGCCGCCUCCUGCCUCCCCUCCCUCCCCUCCCUCCCUCCCUCCGCCGGCCGGCCCUCCCGCCCCGCGCUGAGCUGCCCCAUGCUCGGGCUGGAGAAGCCGGCGGGGCAGCAGAAGCCGGGCGGGAGCGGUGGGUUUCCGAACAUGGCGUCCGUGGGGGAUUUUAACGUGCUCAGCUCCAGCAUCCCGGCCACCAAGGUGGAGCUCUCCGUGUCCUGCAGAAAUCUUUUGGACAGAGAUACAUUUUCUAAAUCUGAUCCAAUCUGUGUUUUGUACACACAAGCCAUUGGAAACAAGGAAUGGAGAGAGUUUGGAAGAACAGAAGUAAUUGAUAAUACUUUAAAUCCAGAUUUUGUAAGAAAAUUUAUAAUGGACUACUUCUUCGAAGAAAGAGAGAAUCUGCGGUUUGAUUUCUACGAUGUUGACUCAAAGAGUCCUAACCUGUCAAAACAUGAUUUUUUGGGACAAAUGUUUUGUACGCUGGGAGAAAUAGUUGGAUCACAGGGGAGCAGACUGGAAAAAUCAAUUGUUGGAAUUCCUGGGAAGAAAUGUGGAACAGUCAUAGUCACAGCAGAGGAACUAGGUUGUUGCCGAGAUUCAGUUUUAAUGCAAUUUUGUGCGAACAAACUAGACAAGAAGGACUUCUUUGGGAAAUCAGAUCCUUUCCUUGUAUUUCAUCGAAGCAAUGAAGAUGGCAGUUUUACAAUCUGCCACAAAACAGAAGUCAUAAAAAAUACAUUAAAUCCGGUGUGGCAGGCAUUCAAGAUUUCUGUCAGAGCACUGUGUAAUGGAGACUAUGACCGGACAAUUAAAGUCGAGGUGUAUGAUUGGGAUAGAGAUGGAAGCCAUGAUUUCAUCGGGGAAUUCACAACAAGUUACAGAGAGUUGUCAAGAGGGCAAUCUCAGUUCAACGUAUAUGAGGUAAUAAAUCCAAAGAAAAAAGGAAAAAAGAAAAAGUAUGUUAAUUCUGGAACAGUAACGUUGCUUUCCUUCCUAAUUGAAACAGAAGUUUCAUUCCUUGACUAUAUUAAAGGCGGAACCCAAAUCAAUUUCACAGUAGCUAUUGAUUUCACAGCCUCAAAUGGUAACCCUUCACAGCCUACUUCACUGCACUAUAUGAAUCCUUAUCAGCUAAAUGCUUAUGGCAUGGCACUGAAAGCAGUAGGUGAAAUAAUUCAGGACUAUGAUAGUGAUAAAAUGUUCCCAGCUCUAGGUUUUGGAGCUAGACUGCCUCCAGAUGGAAGAGUAUCACAUGAAUUUGCACUAAAUGGAAACCCUCAAAAUCCAUACUGCCAUGGAAUUGAUGGUGUAAUGGAGGCCUAUUACAGGAGUCUAAAAUCUGUACAGCUUUAUGGGCCAACAAACUUUGCCCCUGUAAUCAAUCAUGUAGCCAGAUAUGCUGCUUCAGUAAAAGAUGGCUCCCAGUAUUUUGUUCUUCUCAUUAUUACAGAUGGAGUUAUUUCCGAUAUGGCUCAGACAAAAGAAUCCAUAGUGAAUGCUUCAAAGCUUCCAAUGUCAAUAAUUAUAGUGGGUGUAGGACCAGCAGAGUUUGAUGCUAUGGAAGAACUGGAUGGUGAUGUAGUGAGGAUUUCUUCAAGAGGAAAGUUUGCAGAAAGAGACAUUGUGCAGUUUGUGCCGUUCCGCGAUUACAUUGACAGAAGUGGAAACCACGUGUUAAGCAUGGCAAGACUUGCUAAAGAUGUUUUAGCUGAGAUCCCAGAGCAGUUUCUGUCCUACAUGAGAGUCAGGGGAAUAAAGCCAUCACCUGCACCACCACCCUAUACACCCCCUAUUCAUGUGUUGCAGACUCAGAUAUGACUGCUCCAAAGUGCUCAGCGUUUAUCAAAAGUCAAAGUGCUCAGCGUUUAUCAAAAGUCAAGAGUCUCUGGAUGCAGCAGUAGCUUCUGGUAACUUUUCAGAGCUAGAAAAAUUCUCUUCACAUACCAAAAUUCUCCUAUGGUUGCGUAAGCAACUGGAAAGCUUUAUGCUAGGAGCAAAAUGUUGAUGAUCUCUCCAAGUCUUUUUUUUUUUUUUUUUUUUUUUUUUUUUUUGGGGGGUGGGGGUGGGGAAUGACAAAAAAAUCUAGGUUUUGAUGUAUUUACUGGAGGGGAAAGCACAAGUCAGGAUUUCAACUCAAAAAAGAUUGUCCUCUCUGAAUACUGUGUGUACAUAAAUGUAUAGGAAUGCUAUUACUCUGUAUCAAUGUUUACAUGUUACUAUUUUUAAAUUUCAGUACUUUUAUAACUAUUCUUAAGAAUAACAGUUUGGAAUAUUGACUCACAUGUCUUCUAGCUUGCAAUAGUUUGUCACAAGAUAACAAGAGAAGCAAUAUCUCUUUGAAUGUUUGUCCAAACAAACAGAAAUGAAAGCUAAGAAAAGGACAAAUACGUAUGUGUUUUCCAAUACCUGAAUUGCUUCAGUCAGUGCUCAGUAAUCCAUCUCACGGUUUGAGAAUAAAUUCCUAAAAUGUGAAUAACACAACUGCAUAUAACUUUUAACUAACCCCAAACUUUGAGGGGGGAGGUAUGUGUAUUUUUUUCAGGGAUGCUCCAGUUCCUAGGUUUAUCUAAGUUUACAGUUUUUUAAACUAGUUACUGAAGCAGAUUAGGAGACUUACUUGCUAUAAGUAAUUAAAGAAAAUUACCUCAAAUCAGAACUAUCAGAGUAUUAUAGUUGAGUCACUGAGCUCAUUAAAUCUUAUCAUGCAUCCCUUAAAGCACUGGAAAUUUUGCAUCAGAAAAGUCUUUUGGAGUGCUUACAGCAGAUGUUUUAUAAUGGACUGUUUUAAACUUAAUAUAAAAUCUUAACUUUUUUUGUCUAGAUUGCCCAUUCAAAGGGAUGCUGACUCUUAAUAUUUGGGUUUAAUAUUGUCACAUUUCCAUUCAGGGUGCAUGAAUGAUAACAUUAAUUAACUGGUUUAAAAAUUGCACAACCAUGUUGCUUUGUGCACUAUUUUGUGUACAGAACUACCCCAAAAUUUUAUUAUAUGCCUGUUCAUAUAUAAUUAUAAAAUGGUUUUGCAUGUAUACUUUUUACAAAAUACACGGUUUUGUGAGUUUGUGUCAGAUACAUUUUAUUUAGAACUAAUGGCCUUAAAUUUCACAGAACUCCUGAAAUGAUUGUGAAUUGCCUUCAAAUACUGUUAAAACUGAACAUUUAAAUUUUUUUGUGUCACAGUUGUAACUGUCUGGUAAUGUAACUUUUUUUCUUUGCAUAUCACCUGUUUACUACUUCUGUUUCUUACUACUGUAUGUUGUAAUGUACAGUAUGAAACUAAGGUGCGUUUUUUAAGCAUGAGAAGUUUUUUGCCAGAAAGCAUAUCUUCAAUAUUAAUGGCAUAUAACUAUGUAAAUGCAGAAUCUUCCACUUUUAAAUAUAUUUAACUUCCUUUAACUAUCUUAUGUGGGAAAUUACUUUUUCCAGAUAAUUAUUCUGUUGGUUAAAAAAAUAAUAAUAUUUUUGUUUUGUAAAAAUAAAUCUUGUUUUAUUUUUAUUUCAAAACAGUUUUUACAUAAAUAUGGGCUUUAAUUUUCUCACCAGGAUAUGUAUUUCUUAGUGGAUUGAUGUUGCAUGAAUGAAAUUUGAUACCUGGCAACUACAGAUUUUGAUGAAAAGUGCAUCAUAAAGAGUAAGUUUAAAUCUACUGAACGGUGGUGGUGUUCUCCUUCCAUCUUCUGCAUUUAUUUUUCAUACCUACAGUGUUGACACUUCAGAAAUAACUGAAAUAAUAUUAUAUUUCUGUUGUUUAAUUUGGUUAGCCAAAUCUUUAUGCUGACAUUUGUAUUGGUUCCCAGUGGCCCAUGUAUUUAACAGGUGAGAAGGUCAAAGCUCUAAGGUCAAAAUCACAAACUUAUUUUAUUCAGUGUAAAGUAAUAGCUCUCAUUUAACCGGCACCUUUUAGUAAUGGAAAGAUCAGUAUCAAAAUUAAUUUAACAACUCAUUUAACAAGUGAAGGAGCUUUUAAAGAUAACUAUUACUUGAUCAAAAUUAUUUUUUCGCACCAGCCUAAGUACCAUCCUGUGCUGCUGUUUUUUCUUCUGUUUGGUAUUAGAUUCUCAAUCUAACAUAUGUAAUGGAAAGAAAUAGAUGUUAUCAGUGGACUAAGUAUUCUAGUGGGAAAAGGAGACUUUUUCCAGACUUGUGACAUUCCCUAUAUGUUUGACAUCUCGAUUCUGUAACGUGUAUGAGAAUCAUUAUGUAGACUCACACGGUAGCUUCAGUCAUUCCAGUAGUAGAGGUGAGAGUUAAUGGUCAACACUUGAAUUUCCUCCAAAUAUCAUAUGCAGCCAUUUUUACUUCUGGCUUUAUUCUGAAGAAUAAUGGAACAUAAAACUCAUAUUCCUUCCUAAGAAAUGCUAGCUGCUACCAAAACUUGAUAAUUUUCUGUGACUGAAGAGUAGCACAGAGUAUUUCUGUUUAAGGAAGGUAAGACGUGACAUGUUAGGUGCCAGAUGAAUUGCCCUGAAAGGAAGACUGUUGGCCAUGAUGAAAGCUCUCUUCCUUUGGCAUCCAUCUUGGAACAGAUGUUGUCUUUGUAAUACAUGCAGAAAAUGCUACAACAGGGUGCAGACUGUACAAAUGUUCCUACAAAUGAGGAAGGACAUUGUCUCAUGGAGUAUAUAAUUUGAGAGUGACUAUUUUAGGUUUGAUUCUGACUAGUGAGGAAUUGUUUGCUAAUCUGGAAAAAGAAACUGGUUGAUCUUAGUUAGAAAAAAGAUUUUUGUAAUUUUAGGCAAAAAUGGCAACCUAUACAAUAGAAUUUAGAUGGACUUCAAAUCAGCUCACUUCUAUACACAUACCUGUGGUCCCCCAGGGAGGUAUCUGAAUGAGAGGAACAGAGUUCAGGAGAUCAGGUGUUCUCUGAAAAGAUGCAUUUUGAAAAGCUGGAAAUUCUCCCCAAAGUAGGAACACAUUAAAUUCACUCCAGAAUAUUUGUAAAAUGGCUGAAAAAAUCAGAAUGAUAAAUUAUUAUCAUCUUUGAGAACUAAUAAAAGGACACAUAAUGACAAAUUAUGCCAAUGCAGUGGGAAACCAGGGAGCAUGGUAAGAGGCUAUUAUGACUGUAUCAGAAGUUCUUUAAAUAGAAAAAUCAACAAGAAUAGAAAGGGAGGAUAUGUUGCUAUGGAUAAAUGUAAAAGCACAGAUAGGUGUGAAAAGGGAGAGAAAAUCACUAAAUUAUAACUGCUAAAGCCUAGUAAAACCCGUAAUAGAAAGGGAAGGAAAGCUGACUCCGUUAUUUAACAAAUAAACUAAGAGUAAAUCUCAGGAAAACUGAAAUGCUCAAUGUCUUUUUUUCCUUCAGGCUUCAUAGAAGGGGGAUAAUCAUUGAAUUAAAUAGUUAAUUAAAAGAAAAUAAUCUACAGCUAGGUUUACAUCAACCAAUAAAGAUUUGCUAAUGAUACACACUUCUGAAACAAUUUCCUUGAAAAGCAAAACAAUGAGCUUUGGGAUAAAAAAGAAACAGCCACUUUAACGUGACAUUUUAAAAGCAAAAUAGGAGAUAAUGGCCUCAUUUGAAGUGUUAUGAAAUACUACAAAACUGGUUAGAUCAUUCAGGAAAAUGCUAAUAUUCUUUCAUCGUCAAUGCUGGAAAAAUACAGCAAUUGCUGUUCCAUUGGGACCUGUCUUGCUUUUGGUGUAAUUCAGUCAUUUUCAUCGAUGACAUAAUAUAUUACAGAUGUUUAUUACAUUAGUGAAUUAUAUCAACUGGAGAUAGUUUAAGCACUUUCAAAGAUGGGAUUAAAACUUGCAAUUAUUUUUAUGAAUUAGAAAAAAUACGUGAAAGAGGAGCAAAAUCAAUCGGAGCAAAUAGGUAAAAGUACUUAGCAACAAAAACCUACCGCACAGUUGCAGUAGUUUCUGGCUCUGCAGCAAUUCUGUAAAACAGUGUGUGAGGUUACAGGGGACUACAAAGUAGUCGUUGAGGGGAAGGUGUCUGAGUAGAAGUUCUGAAUGUAGGCCACCUGAGAUCAUCCUUUCAUGGUUCUUCAUAAGGUCUCAGCUAAUGUGCCGGGUCCAGUUCUGAGACUUCAGAUAACAUGUGGGUCAACUGGAAAAAGUCACCGAGGACUGUUAGGCCACCACUGUUGGAACAAAUCGGGCAAAUGAUCAGGGAAGGUUUCCAUGGGGUUGGCCUCCCUCUUGUUGUCUCAACUCUUCUUGACCACAGUGAACUACCACAGCAAGGGUGACUGCAUGAGAUCAGGACAAGCCCUGCUGAUGUGCAUGCCUGUGGGGGAGCAGGCUGAUGCCAUCGUGGCAGAAAUGGUUUUGAGGAAGGCCUCACCAUGUCCGUUCACGUUGUUAGGUUGUUGUUUCAUACUGCUCACAUUUUUAAGAUGAAAUGCGUUCUUACUUUCUUUCAAAGUGCUCAAUGGGAAUAGUACAAAUUUUCUUCAACAUUCCAUGAUGGGCUGCUGCUUCUUUGCCACUGAAUUGAUACAGUAUGAUUUCAGGUUUCAUUUCAAGCUGACAUUGCACAUUUAUGUUCAUUGCCAUUAGAAUGAGUGACUGCAGAUGGCUGGCAUUUCCAACCUGGCCACCAAAACAAACGGUGUAGAGUACUACGUUUCUGUGCCUACAGCCAAACGUUUGACAGUAAUAAAUUUCAUCAUUGAGAUCCUU